CUUUUUACAGUGAUAUGCUAAUGUUGCUGUGGUUUCCACUGUGAGCAAGUGGAAUUUCCAAGUGUAAUUUGCGGAGUACCUGGAACUCCGUUCUGAGAAACCCUGAAGAAUAAAAAAGAACUUCCAAGGCAAUGCAAUGGGUGAUAAAGUCUUGUAAUCCCAACUAACUCUUGAGUACAUCAUCAAAUGCGUGUGUUUUCAAGAACUAAGCAAGUACUGAAGUAUGGCAACAGAUGUCUUCAAUUCCAAAAGUUUGGCCAUUCAGGCCCAAAAGAAAAUUCUUGGCAAAAUGGCAUCCAAAUCGAUAGCAACUGCUUUGAUAGAUGAUACUAGCAGUGAUGUGUUGGAUGAACUCUACAGACUGACAAGGGAAUACAUACAAAACAAGAAGGAGGCAGAGAAGAUAAUUAAAAAUCUCAUUAAGACUGUUAUCAAGUUAGCAAUCCUCUACAGGAAUAACCAGUUUAAUCAGGAAGAAAUCAUGCUCAUGGAGAAGUUCAAGAAGAAGGUACACCAGCUGGCUAAAACUGUGGUGAGCUUCCAUCAAGUAGAUUAUACCUUUGACAGAAAUUUUUUGUCAAAACUAUUGAAUGAGUGUAGAGACCUGCUUCAUCAAAUCAUUCAGCGUCACCUAACUGCAAAAUCUCAUGGACGCGUCAACAAUGUGUUUGAUCACUUCUCAGAUUGUGAAUUUUUGGCUGCCUUGUACAAUCCCUUUGGACCUUACAAGACUCACUUGCAGAGACUCUGUGAUGGCGUCAACAAAAUGCUGGAUGAUGGGAAUAUAUAAGUAACUGCAUCAGUGUUGACUGACUAUAUAUUUGUAGGCUAAGGACUACUGAUGGGCUCACUGAUUCAAUGAAGGAAUGAAGGGCUAAAAAUGUGUGGGUGAUAAGGAAGGUUUAAUAUCAAACAGAUGCUUAGAAAAUUCUUCAUCAGAUUGACCCAUUUAUUGGAGUCAUAUAUUGCAUGCUACUCCCACUUUCUGCAAUACUUUGCUUUAAAAUGUGGAGUCAUUAAGCCAUGACACAGGACUGCUGAAGUGAAGUCAGGCUUUGUAAAAUAGGCAGGGAAAUUUUAGAGCUAGAUAAUCAAAAUGCAUAUUUCAACAUGUAGAGUAAUAUUUAUAAAUCCACCAAAAAUCAGUAUUUUUAUAUACAAGAAACAUGACUAUGGCACAUAUAUGAUAACUGGAAAGAUUGAACAGAACCUUUUAAAUUCAUUAAAGCCAUAUACGUUACACAUAAAUGCUUAGGUCACAUUGUCGUAUACUAUUAAAACAGUUUCUUUCCUCUGUUUCGUAUGAGAAAGUAAGGAACCACACAAUCAUCUCUGAAAGGUUCGGGACUACAGCCAGGCUUAGCUGAAAAAACUAUUGGCAUGAACUGACAUUUCCACAUUUACACUAUCCCAUAAUGAUAGUAGCACUUCAAGCUGCUGCUCUGUGGUUAUUCUCUGCCUCCAUGUUAAGGGCACUAUUUCUUCACACAAUGUGUUUCCUCCCUGCAAGCCCAUUCCAGCCCUGCUCUAAGCCUGGUAGCCUGUACUCCCUAGACAAUGGCACUGCACUGUCUCGUGGGAACCUUAUUCUUAAUCAUCUAAGGCUUUGGUUUGUUAAGCUGUAGUGCAGUAAAUUUACAUUACUUAUCAGGUGGUUGGUAUGGAUUUGAUUCUAUACUAUUUCUACUUGUAAUUAGCUACAGUAAUAAAGUGUGGUCACAAAAAUUGUACAUUAGUAGAGUAUAUGUUUAAAGGAAGCACGUAUAUACAUGUGUACCCCAGUCCCCUACCCUGCUAGUAAUGGUUUUUUUAAAUGAAACAAUUAGCUUGAUCCCAAACUAAUGCAAUUAAGAAGUGGCUUACUUUGAAAUAUUGAUUGGUGAUUUAUAGGUAUCCCCUCCCCUAUCUGAAAAUAGCCCAGUCUCACAAUGUGCACAUGGAGUUCAGUCUUCAAAUGCCUCCUCCUCACUUCUGUAGAAGAAUGUACUUCCAGGUCAAGUUCCUCAACAAAAUAUGAAUGUGUGAAUUUAGACAUUGUAAGCAUCUGAACCAAGUUUUUAUUGAUUUUGUGUACAUUGUCUCUAAAACAAAAGUUGAUGUGUGUAUAACCUAAUGUAUAGCAAAUAUGGAAAAAUAUCUUGUAAUUGCAGCAGCUUAAAUAAGAGAUUUUUAAAAUAAUCUUUGGGUGAAAAUAAGACUAUCCAAAGGAAUAUGCUGAAAAUGUAACGCUUUUACACUUUAUGCAAACAAGAAUAACUGGAUAAGAUGCU